AUGGCAGACGCUGCUCGAAAGCGACUGGCAAAAGAGGUGAAGCAGUUGAAGAAAAAACCACUUGACUUGAUCUGGACUGAACCAGAUCCAGCGAACAUCCAAGAGUGGCACUAUUGCUUCGAGGGACCGAAAGAUACUCCGUACGAAGGCGGCUUCUAUCAUGGUGUUUUGAAGUUCCCCAACGAGUACCCUUUCAAGCCGCCUGCAAUCUAUAUGUACACGCCAAAUGGACGAUACAAGCAAAACACUCGAAUUUGCACUUCGUUCUCCGACUUCCAUCCCGAGUCCUGGCAAUCGACGCAAACCAUUUCAACAGUGCUAGUUGGACUCCUCUCUUUCAUGACUGAGGAAUGCCCCAACGCCAUCGGGGGCAUGCAAGAAUCCAAAAGUGAACGAAAGAAGAUGGCCAGGGAAUCUGGUGCCUUCAACAAACGGAACGAAAAGUUCUGCAAGCUCUUCCCCUAUCUUCUAGAACGAAUGUAA